AUGCUCAGUCAAUACUUUGCACACGCUCAUCUCGGACCGAUGGACUCCAAGCCGCCUCUGGCGGUGUCGGCAGUCUCCAGCGGGCACUCGGUCACAGUCCGGUCCGACAUGUCAGUGUCCGCUUCCAAACCGUCCCCAACCCUGACCGAGCUUCUGCCUCCCUCAUAUCAGCCAGCGGCGGUUUCCUCGGCGGAGAAGACCUCGAUCCCUCGAACGUUGCAGGAAUCCUUAGAUUUCCAGGAUCUGGAGUUGAUGAUGUACUGGUCCACCACCACCUAUCGCUCUCUGACCCGGGAUCAGGCUGCCGAAGCCCUAUGGCAAAUCACCAUCCCUCAACUGUCAUUACAGUUUCCCAGCCUGCGACAUGGAUUAUUGGCCCUGUCCGCCCUGCAACUAGCCAGAGAUCGACCCGCGUGCGCCCAAAAUGGAAGGACUUACCUGGUCAGAGCGCGCGAGCAUUAUCGCCUCGCUCUCGCCGGCAUCCAGCUCGACUCCACGGAGAACCUGACCGUGGUGCAGUGCAAUGCCGUAUUUGCCCUAUGCGCCGUGCUCCUGGCCUACAUCUUUGCCCACGGGCUCAUCCUCAUCGAUCCGAUCCCGGGUCCUACGGCCACCGAAGAAUCCCAACCUCGGACCCUGGAUGAAUUUCUCCAAGUCUCCAAUCUCACCCGCCAGGUCAUGGACACCAUGAUGGAGGUCGUCGAUCGCGUGGCCGAGGGAGACCUGCACUCACUCGUCGCGCUCGAUCACUCCCGCCCCCGAAUGCCGGAUAUAUCACAAUUGCUCAUUUUGGGGCUGCGACACCGCAAUGCGCUGGAAGCGGAGCGGAAUCCAGCCCACGAAAAGGACAUCUACGAUCAGACUCUUCGCCAAUUACAUCUAUCCCUGGAACGGCUCAUGAGCGGCAGUGAGCCGAGAGAUUUUGCCUUUUGCUGGCCAUGCCAGACGCCGCUGCGAUUCGACGAUCUGGUCCAGCAGCGGGAACCGUUUGCGUUGAUCGUGUUGGCCCAUUACGCCGUGAUUCUGCAUCAUCUGCAUAAUCUGUGGUGGAUCAGAGACUGGGGCACGCGCAUUCUCCAUGAGAUUCUCGACUCGGUUGAUGCAGAGUGGCAUGAACUGAUGCGCUGGCCGAUCGAUGCGACGGGGUGUGUGUGGCCCGAGAGAUGA